GAUACUCACUGGAGUCUGUAGCGACGACCACUGAAUUAUCGCCCUGCGUGUAGCUGCAUUCGCGGAUGACAGUUGAUCGUCAACACUGCACAUGGACUGCACGCACCUGGUUGCGAUGUCACCCUCUAAGAGUACCUGGACGUUGUACUCCACGACAUCGUGUAUGGGUCCGUUGCGUACGAUGCGGAAGACGCGGACCUUGUCUUUCCCGUAGCGUGCGGAGGUCAGGAUGCCGGGUUGAGUGGUGCUGGCGGACAUGGUGGGUGGGGCAGUGGGAAGAACCGUUCCAAUACUAGUGUAGAUAUGUAGACAAGGCCGAAAUGCUAAUCCUAGUGUAAUGAUGAUUACAAGCGUCGCAUCCGGACAUUCCCGCAGUCUUUCAUUUUUCCUCACCUUCCCCCCACGUCACCAGCAGAGAAGAUGCUCCGCCUUGCACGCUCACUGCGUCCCUCGAGGGCACGCUUCGCCAGCACAUCCAGCCAGCAGAAGGCCCAGGAAACACUGACCAAGGCGCUGGAGUUCGCGAAAAAGACUCUCACUCCGGUGGGGGAGCGCGUUGGUGUCGCGUUGGGAUCCUACCGCCAACCCCUACUCUAUAACAUGUCCGUCACCCGCGAACUCCUCAAACAAAUUUACAUCGCCGAAAACCUCGCCCCUCCUCGGUCGCUAUCCACCGUUCUCGACGCAUACAGCACGGUCUGGACUCGCGUGCGCGACGUCGCGUACUGGCGUACCAUAUUGUCGAAUGGAGAGUGGGCAAGGGUGGGCGUGUAUGCGGUGGAGGCAUAUGGGAUAUUCAAGAUCGGUGAGAUUUUGGGGCGGAGGAGUCUCGUCGGAUACGAUCUACAUUAAGCAUGUACUGGUUGGGGGGUCGAUACUAUCCGCAUUAACAUAUACGUUUACGGGCAUACAAGCAGGAAUGUUGGUCACAUCGACUCUAUAAUCAA